AUGCUUUCUCACGCCGAUCUCUUGGACACUCGCCUCGGUGAGUUACAGCCACCCAACUCCGGUCUUCAGCUCCACUGGAUGAAGGAUGCCGCGGCCGAGCUGCUGGGUCACAGGGAAGCUUUAAAAUGCAGGCUCGGCGGCGGGGACAGCGGGCACCCGGGCGAUCUGAGCUCCGGACCGGACACGGUCGAGGGUGCCACGCUGUUACCCGGGGAGGAAAUCAGCAAUGGUGGAUCAAACCCGGGAGGCAUGCAGCAGGUCAGCAAAGAGCAAGAGAAACAACAACAGCAAGGUUCGAGCCAGUCGGGCGGACAGCAGAGUCAGCAAAAACAGAAACGGCAUCGGACCCGCUUCACUCCUGCACAACUUAACGAGCUGGAGAGGAGCUUUGCAAAAACCCACUACCCAGAUAUCUUCAUGAGAGAGGAACUGGCGCUCAGGAUCGGAUUAACAGAGUCCCGCGUUCAGGUGUGGUUCCAGAACCGGCGCGCUAAGUGGAAGAAGCGCAAGAAGACCACAAAUGUGUUCCGCGCUCCUGGCACACUGCUGCCCACGCAUAGUUUGCCGCAGUUUCCAGGCGCUGCUAUGGGUGACGGUUUGUGCUCUUUCCACGCUAACGAUAGCCGCUGGGCUGCUGCGGGAAUGGCCGGUGUAUCUCAGCUGCAGUUGCCGCCGUCGCUGGGUCGCCAGCCGUCCAUGGCGCAGUCGCUGUCGCAGUGCAGCCUUGGAGGCGUACCGCCGCACAAUUCCAUGGGUCUCUCUAACGGCCUAUCGUCGAACGGCUCGGGGCUGCAGUCGCAUCUGUACCAGCCCGCCUUCCCCGGCAUGGUGUCCGCCUCUCUGUCGGGCCCGACCAGCGCCAGCGGUUCUCCACAGCUGUGCAGCUCUCCGGACAGUGACGUGUGGAGAGGCAGCAGCAUCGCAUCACUGCGCCGCAAAGCGCUCGAGCACACCGUGUCCAUGAGCUUCACCUAAUCUCCACAUGCUCUGAAUAAUAUACAAAACAACACAAGUGUUUUCAUGGACAGUCAAGAGCCACUCAGGAUCCGAGCUCGUAACUGUGAAAUUACAAAUUGGCAGCCUUAAAAAACAGAACUGAAAACAACAGGCGGACGGUGUUUGACGCACAUGCGCAGUAGAAAUAGCGUUCACAAUUUUAAACGUGUAUCUUUAUUCAUGCGUUGACUUUUUUUUUGUUUAUGCCCUUAAUAAUUAAUAUUUUAAAAUUGGGCUUUGUAUUUAG